UAUAAAAAAGUUUUUGAAAUGAGUCAACUACGAGGCAAAAUUAUACAAGAACGCAAGUUAAAAUCUAUUGAAAAAACAGCAAAACAAAUCCAUAACUCUAAUAUCUUAUUACCAAUAGUUUCUAAUUCUGAAGAAAACUAUUCGUUUCAAGAAUCAGAUUUGGAGCUUGAUCAAUGGGAAGAAGUUGUUGCAAAUUGGUUGAUGCUUUUAAGAAAUGAACAGUUUGAAGAAGAUUUGGAUUCGACAGAAAUAGAUGAAACAGUUCAUCCUGCCACUAGUCAAGAAGCUAAAUAG